AUGGCCAAUGGAAAAAAGCAGGAGAGCUUUCUCAGCCUCGCCUCCAACACCAGCUUCUUUGCGGAGAACUCGACGCUGGUGCUAGAGUGUACGGUCAAUGGAGAGAAGAAACACUACAUCGUGCCCUACUCGAAGGCCAACAAGCGGAAGUACCGUCGGAGGAAGGGCGUCAAGCUGCACGUCUUCAACGACCACCUCUUUGUGGCGCAGCACGUGUCCAGCUCGCAGGAGUGCGCCGUCUGCGCAAAGACCUUCCCCAUGAGAAUCGGCAAACAGGGAUACGUCUGCAGAGAAUGCGGCUUCCUUACGCACAAGCUCUGUCACGUCAAUGUGGAGUCCUACUGUCCGGCAAAUGGGGCUGCUCGCCUGAACUUUGAAGUGGAGGGAG